AUGGCCGACACUCAUCACAACGCCGAGCCAGCGGCGCAUGAGACCACACCUGGUAUGCGCCGCAACUCUGACCCGGCUCUUGAGCCCUCACAUCAGCAUACCCAUGGCCAUCUUCACCACGCGCCUGGCGUCGCACCCACAAACGAUGUCAUAUACACAAAGGGAACCGAUCUCCCGAUGCACAAGCACACUGACGGUGCCGGUUCUGGUACCCCGCCCUACUAUAGCGAAGAGGAGAAGCCACAGCCUGGCAUCUUGGCCCAGGACGACAUCGAGGGCCAAUCUGAGUACAAGUCCAAGUUCCGUACCUUUUACGAUGGGCCUGGUCGUAUCAUCGUCCACCUCUUCUUCCUGUUUUUCUUUACCGGUUGGUGGAUUGCCUCUCUGAUUUUGCAUCGCAAGGACAAGAAUUGGAUCGUUCCCUUCCUUUUUUGGCUCUGCAUCACUCUGCGCAUCGUCUUCUGGCACGUUCCCAGUCGCUAUGUCAGCAAUGCAAUCCGCAGCGGCUGGAAGCACAGUGCCGUCGUGGUUUACUACAGGAUCCCCGCGAAGCUACGCACGCCUGCUGGCGCUGCAGUCACCAUUGCUGCCAUGCUCGUUGGCUCCUUUGUCACUAAUGAAAGCGUCAACAACACUCGCGGCAAUCGUGCCAUUAGUCUGCUCGGAAUGGGCAUCAUUAUCUUUGGCUUUUGGCUCACCAGUGCCAACCGACGCAAGGUCAACUGGCGGACUGUCAUUGGAGGCAUGCUUGCCCAGUAUAUUAUUGGAUUGUUUGUUCUUCGCACCAACGCCGGCUACUCCAUCUUUCGCUUCAUCGCGGACCGCGCCAGUGAUUUGCUUGGGUUCGCCAAGGAUGGUGUCGCAUUCUUGACUGAUGCUGACACGGCUGCCAAGCCUUGGUUCUUCAUCGGUGUUAUUCCUGCUAUUAUCUUCUUCAUCUCUCUUGUCCAGGUUCUCUACUACUUUGGAUUUUUGCAGUGGUUUAUCACCAAGUUUGCCACCUUUGUUUUCUGGGCCCUUGGUGUAUCCGGUGCCGAAGCCGUUGUCGCUGCUGCUACCCCCUUCAUCGGUCAAGGAGAGUCUGCGAUGCUGGUCCGGCCCUUCGUCCCGCACAUGACCAAUGCUGAGAUUCAUCAAAUUAUGACAUGCGGUUUCGCAACAAUUUCAGGCUCCGUUCUUGUCGGUUACAUCGGUCUCGGUCUGGACAAGGAAGCUCUCGUUUCCUCCUGCAUCAUGUCUAUCCCGGCCUCGCUCGCGAUUUCCAAGCUCCGCUACCCUGAGUCGGAAGAAACCCUUACUGCUGGUCGCGUCGUGAUCCCUGAUGAUGAUGAACACAAAGCUGAAAACUUUCUGCACGCCUUCUCUAAUGGCGCUUGGCUCGGCAUCAAGAUUGGCGGAACCAUUGUUGCGUCGCUUCUCUGCAUCAUUGCUGUUGUCGGCCUUAUCAACGGUCUACUUACCUGGUGGGGCCAUUACUUGAACAUCAACGACCCCAAGUUGACGUUGCAGACCGUUCUGGGCUACAUUCUCUUCCCCGUUGCCUUUUUGCUUGGUGUGCCCCAGAACAAGUAUGAACUUCUCAGCGUCUCUCGUCUUAUUGCAGAGAAGAUUAUCACCAACGAGUACAAUGCCUUUAAAGCGCUCAUCACCGAUCCGCAAUAUGCCGCCCUCAGCCCUCGCUCUCAACUGAUUGCAACCUAUGCUCUCUGCGGUUUCGGCAACAUCGGCUCUCUCGGUAUUCAGAUUGGUAUUCUGUCCCAACUGGCCCCGGCUCGUGCUGGCGAUGUUUCGCGUUUGGCCUUCUCCGCCCUCGUUUCCGGUGUCUUUUCCACCCUCACCUCGGCCGCUGUUGCAGGUCUUGUCGUCACCAACCAGGCAUCGGAGCCGACAUCGACAGUGGUCCUGACAUCACCAGAGAACCGUUUUGUGGAUUUGCGUAUUCUGCUGCCCCCAGACGGCGCGGCCAAAAUCAGCAACGACCCCACCGGCCAACUCCCCCUCGACCGACUCGACUGGGCCAUUGCCGGCACGACCGUCUCCGAGGCCGCGACGGCGCCGGGCGGCGAAGCGAUCCGGCGCUCCACCUUUCACCACUGGGUGAGCUCGCGCAACGCGGACCCGACGGGCGUGUCGGACGUGGGCGACAUGUACCCGCAGCCCGACGGCACGACGCUGGAGCGCGGCGCCAUGCUGAACCUGGCGACGGGCGCCGUGACGGAAUACGACGAGCUGUGGGCCGACCUGCUGGCGCCGACGAGCGACCCGAUUGCGGUGCUGCGCGUCGACGACGGCGCGGUCAAGGGCAUGGUCAUCUGGAUCGGGCAGCUCUGCCAGGCGCUGGUGCGGGACGAGCGGGGCAUUACGCUGGAACGCUGGGAAAAGAUGGAAGCUGCUGGGGGCGGGGAGGAUGAUGAGGUCGACGAGGACGUGUGGACGAGGACGGUGCGCAUGGGCGAGAGGGAGCUGCCGUGUGAGGACGUCCUGACGGGCAAGGUCAAGCUGGAAAAGGAUGGCGAUGUUGCUUGCGGGGGAGACGUGUGGCAGGUCAUUGAGCUUGAUGGGUGA